AUGGAUGACAGAAAAAAGGACGAGAGCGCCACUGCGCACGACACCAGCACCGCCACCACCGAGGAAACACGCACCACAGCCGCGAAGAAAGAGACAGGAACGACAGAGCGUGUCGCUUCGAGCGCAUCGAGCGACCACGAGGCACACGAGGAAACGGCAUCGGACGAUGCGGACAACACCACCACCACCAAGGCGGAGGAGAAGAAGUCGGGCAUUGAUGGCCGGUCAAAGAGCAAAGUCGCCGUCAUCAUGUUGGCCUUGUGUCUGGCCGUCUUCCUCGCUGCCCUCGACGUCACCAUCAUCACCACCGCCCUCCCAACCAUCAGCGAGAACUUCCACUCCACCGCCGGCUACACUUGGAUCGGCUCGGCCUUCUUGCUGGCCAACGCCGCCUCCAUCCCCUCGUGGGGCAAAAUCUCCGACAUCUUCGGCCGCAAGCCCAUGCUGCUAUGUGCCAACGUCAUCUUCAUGGUCGGCUCGCUGAUCGCCGCUCUCUCUAUAAACAUUGGCAUGCUCAUCGUCGCUCGAGUCAUCCAGGGUAUCGGCGGCGGCGGCUUGAUCAUUCUCGCCAACAUUGUCAUUGGUGACCUCUUCAGCUUGCGCAAUCGCGGUGCCUUCUACGGUCUCAUUGGAGGCGUCUGGGCCAUCGCUUCCUCGCUCGGCCCCAUCCUGGGCGGUGUCUUCACCGAAGACGUCACCUGGCGCUGGUGUUUCUACAUCAACUUGCCCCUCGACGGCAUCGCCUUCUUCAUCCUGCUCUUCUUCCUCGAUGUCAAAACGCCGCGGACACCGCUCCUGCAAGGCUUGAAGGCAAUCGACUGGGUCGGGUCCAUCACCGUCGUCGGCGGCACGCUCAUGUUCCUCUUCGGCCUGGAGUAUGGUGGAGCAAGCUUCCCAUGGGACUCUGCCACGGUCAUUUGCCUGCUCGUGUUUGGCGUGACUACCUGGGCACUCUUUGGCGUGUGGGAGUGGAAGUUCGCCAAAUACCCCAUCAUGCCCAUGAGCUUGUUCGGCAGCGUCACUCGCUUCGCCACCCUUGGCGUCGUCUUCUUCCACGGUUUCGUCUUCAUCUCCGGCUCGUACUACCUACCGCUCUACUUCCAAGCCGUCCGGAACGCCAAGCCACUCAACUCCGGCGUGGAUUUACUACCAACCGCCAUUUCUCUCGCCAUCUCCAGCAUUGGCACCGGCAUUUGGGUGAAGAAGACGGGCCUAUUCCUCUACCCGAUCUACUUUGGCUUGACCCUCAUGACGAUCGGCUACGGCCUCUUCUACGACAUCAGCGCCCGCACCAGCUGGGCCAAACUCAUUGGUUUCCAGAUCGUCGCGGGCUUCGGCAUUGGCCCGUUGUUCCAAGCGCCCAUCAUCGCCCUCCAGGCCCACAUCAACCCGCGCGACAUCGGCACUGCCACCGCGACGCUGGGCUUCGUGCGUCAGCUCGCGACCAGCUGCAGUGUCGUCAUUGGCCAAGUCGUCUUUCAGAACUCCGUCAAGCAAAAGUCCGCCGACUUGCUGCGCAUCCUCGGCCCGAAGCUGGCGCAGGAACUCGGCGGAAGCGCCGCGGGAGCCAACACGAAAGUCAUCCAGGCUUUGCCCCCUGCGCAGCGCCUGCCGACUCAAGUCGUCUUCGCCGAUUCCCUGAAGCCCAUGUGGGCCAUGUACUGCGCCUUUGCCGGCGCGGGCCUCCUCACGUCGUUCCUCAUUCGCAAGAAGACGCUGACGUACAACCACACCGAAACCAAGACUGGCAUGGAGGCGGAGGUGGAGAAUGCGGCCGCGCGCAAGGCGGAGAAGGACGCAAAGAGAGAUGCCAAGGCUCACAAGGCCGGUCAGCCAGUGGAUGAAGAGAAGGCUGUGGGUGUUGACGAAAGCAAGUGA